AUGACAACUUACAACGGUCCGCAAACCUCGCCUACCGACGCCUCCGAGGAGCGGAAUUCACCCUUGUCCAGCGAUGCCGAGAAUGAGAAUGACAGUCCCGAGGAUGGCCUGGAGAACGGGACCGCCAGCAAAAAGCGGAAGAGGUCGUUGAAAAUCUCCUGCGAGCUAUGCAAAAACAGGAAGGUCAAAUGCGACCGCGCAGAGCCCGCUUGUGGCUGGUGUGCCCGAAAUGGCCGAGAAUGUGUCUACAAGGAAAGGCAGAAACCCGGUCUUCGGGUGGGAUAUGGCCGCGAGCUUGAGGAGAAGAUCAAUCGCCUCGAAGCCCUUCUACACGCCCAGGGCCGUCGACUUGAAGAUCACAUCGCUGAGCACGGCGACCUGUCGCCUCUUCACCGACAGAGCUCUCUACGGACGCCGCAUCAACCGGGUGGCACCCAAUUCAAUGCAUAUGCCCAGAAUGAUCCUCGGCCGUCCGCGGCGAGUGUACUCUCUCAAGACACGCCGAGGUCGGAGUCCAGAUGGCCUUCGGUUGCGAAUGCUUACGAACGAAUGCAAUACCCGCGACCCCAGGAUGCCAUGUCUAUUCGCUCGGUGGUCGAUGUGGGCGGCCACGACAUCAUGUCGCAAAGCGAUAGAGGUCCGUCGAGUGCCUGGUAUCCGACCUCGACGCCAGGACCCUCCAUCUCUGAGUCGGAGCUGCCUCCGUAUGACCUGCUGUACACACUGGUCGAUCUGUACUUCAAGCACGUCAAUCCCUGGUCGCCCAUUUUGGAUCGCAAAGCCACCUUCGAUGCUUUCUUCGGGUCCCAGUCAAUGGGCGACUCGGACAGGGCGCUGAUGCAUGCUGUUGUCGCGGCCACAAUGCGGUUCUCCAAAGAUCCACGUCUCACGGCAGAAGCGAGGCGACAGUUUCACGAAAUAUCGAGGCAGAAAAUCAUGAUGUAUGCGCUUGAUCAUCCCAGUGUUCGCGCGCUUCAGGCUCUUGUCAUUCUGGCGGUCGACGUCUUGGGGACGUCGAACGGCCAUCAAGGUUGGAAUUUGCUGGCGCUUAUCGCUCGGAAUAUUGUUCAGCUGGGCCUCGAAGUCGAAAAAACAACGUACCUCCAGUCGAGCGCAUACCCUUCAGCAACCCUCUUGCAGGCGUCGCAGCCUCAGUCGUGGAUCGAGAACGAAGAGCGCCGCCGACUGUGCUGGAUGACAUUUAUUCUCGACCGGUAUGCUACCGUCGCCACCGCGGAUACCUUCAUCUUUGACGAAAGAGAGAUGGAUCGAUGUCUUCCUUGCCGCUAUGACCUGUUUUCCAGGAACGAGCCUGUCGAGACACGGUGGCGCCGGCCAGGGGUGCCGUCUGAAAUGAUUGUUAACAAGCCAGAGAACUUGGGAAGCUUCUCGUACCACUGCGAGGUGUUGGGGAUCCUGAGUCGCAUCCACCGAUUUCUACACCAGCCACUUGACAUCACGCGCCACCCCGACAUCCAACGAUGGCGCGAAAGAUACCGCGAGCUCGACGCAGAGUUGAACGACUGGCUGCAGAAUCUGCCCGGCGAAUACGGUAAGAUAUCUCAGCUCUGCCAUUCAGACCCCGGCAGCAGAAUCUCAAAUUGGAUCAUGCUCCAUGCUGCGUUCGUCACGUCGGUUAUUCGCCUUCACUCGUCGGCAGCAUACCCGACGAUCAAGUCCCCCGUCUUUACACCGUCAUACCACGCUAUCCAGCGGUGCUUGGGUGCGGUCGAGAGCCUACGCGAAAUCGCCCAAGACGUGAUGAACACCGGCAUGCUCGCUCUGCUGGGCCACCCUUUCGCAUUUGCGUUGUGGGUUUCAGCCAGACUGCUCAUCGUCCACGCCGCAACCAUGGAAUGUGAGAUCGACGCGAAAAUCAUGUUCUUCAUUUCCACACUGGAACAAAUGGGACAACACUGGCAAGUUGCGGGAACCUACGCCAGGAUUCUGAACGACGUGGUCCAAGAAGGAAAUACUGGUUCAGGAAGAACUUUCACAGCCAUGAGGAGGGCUGCAUACGAACUCAACCUCAUGACCUCGCAACGUCCGCGGUCCGUCCUCGACCCUGUAACCACGCACAACUCAUCGCAGAGUGAGCUCGAGUAUCUCGAGGUGUUUGAAUUUUUCAACUACCCUCGCUUCAAUGCGAUCGCCGCGAGCAACGGGUUCGAUCCGUCCGUGUCGGUCACCAACCAGAGUCAGACGACACCCACGCAAGGCCAACCACCGAACUCCCGCGCCACGCCAGCCUUUGUUGUACCUAAUCCGGAGAGCGACUGGCUGAUCUUCAAGCCGCCUUACGAGUAG